UUUACCAGAACCACAAUGGCGGCGAUGUCUUCUCCAUCCUCCCAUGAAACCCUAAUUCACAUUGUUUUUGUUCCCUUAUUAUCCCCAGGCCAUUUCAUCCCCAUGAUAGAUCUGGCUAAGCUCAUAUCUACACGUCCUGGCGUUAAAGCCACCAUCUUCAUCACUCCCACUAUUGCAGCCAGAUACAACCAAUCGUCGGAAUCCGAUUCAACCCCCAUCAGUUUCGUCCAAAUACCUUUUCCGACCGACGAAUUCGGCCUGCCGGAAGGCUGCGAAACAGCAGACACACUCCCAUCAGGACAAUUGGUCAAUUACGGUUCUGCACUCAUGGUAUGGCAGACUUCAGUUGAGCAUUUCAUCGAAAAGAUGGAGCCUUUACCAACUUGCAUGAUAUCCGACAGGUUUAUUCCUCAAAUUGCCGGAUUUGCAAACAGGUUAGGUCUUAAAAGAAUUAUCUUUGACGGAAUGGGUUGUUUAGGUCUUUUAGUUACUCAUCAAAUUGAAGUAUCUAAAAUUGAUCAAACCGUUGAAGAAUCAGAACCCUUUCUUGUUCCUGGUUUACCCCAUGAAAUUAAAUUAACAAGAAAACAGAUACCCAAUUUCAGUUUACAGGAAUCACCUUCAGUGAUAGAAUAUCUAGACAAAAUAAAAGAAGUUAAUCGACGAGCUUACGGGAUUUUAAUCAACAGUUUUGAAGAAUUAGAACCUGAUUACAUAACCGAAUUGCGAAAAAUACACAAAAACAGAGCAUGGUGCGUUGGACCCUUAUCUCUCUGCAACAAAGAGAAGAAAGAAAAAGCUAUUAGAGGAAACAAAGCAGCAAUCGAAGAGCACGAAUGUCUUAAAUGGCUUAAUAAUCAAGACUCGGGCUCCGUUAUUUAUGUAUGUCUUGGAAGUCUCAGUAAAAUCGCUCCAUUGCAGAUGGCGGAGCUGGGCAUAGCCCUGCAGGCAUCCAACCGUCCCUUCAUCUGGGUAUUGAGGGCAACGGAGACAAAGGGGGAGAUAGAGAAAUGGAUGUCGGAAAACAAGUUUGAGGAAAUGACAAAUGGUAGAGGUCUUUUGGUAUGGGGAUGGGCGCCACAAGUGCUUAUUCUGUCUCAUAAGGCUGUUGGGGGAUUUCUUACUCAUUGCGGUUGGAAUUCGACUAUUGAAGGGAUAAGUUCGGGGGUUCCGAUGAUAACUUGGCCUCUAUUUGGGGAACAAUUUUUCAAUGAGAAGUUGAUUUCGCAGAUAUUAGGAUUUGGUGUGAGUGUUGGAGCGAAGAUACCUAUUGGUAUUGCGUCGGAACAAACAGAGGUGGAGGUGCUCGUAAAAAGUGAGGAGAUUUUGGAAGCGAUCGAGAAGGUGAUGGAUGGAGGAAUGGAAAGGAGGAAACGACUUAGGGAUAUGAGUGAGGCAGCGAAGAAAGCUACCAAAGAAGGAGGAUCUUCUUAUCAUAAUCUUACUCUAUUCCUUCAAGAUAUGUCGGCUGUUAGUGUUAUCAACUUAGAGGAAACUGAGGUGCAAGUAAAAAGUGAGGUAAUUAUGGAGGCCAUUGAAAAGGUGAUGGGCGGAGACCACGACAGACUUGAGAGGAGGAAACGGGUAAGAGAGUUGGGUGAGGCGGCGAAGAGAUCGUCAGAAGAAGGAGAAGAUUCACUCUUCACUUCACUCUUCAACCACAGAAAAACAGAGAGCUUCAAAACCAGAGCUUCAAUGGCAAAUUCUUCUCCAUCUAAUCAAACCCUUCACUUAGUUUUUGUUCCCAUGUUAUCCCCAGGCCAUUACAUACCCAUGAUAGACAUGGCUAAGCUAAUGGCUAACCAUGGCGGCGUAACCGCCACCGUCUUCAUCACUCCGGUUAUCGCAGCCAGAUACGGCGAAACCAUUAACCAAUUGUCGGAAUCUAUUUCCAUCCGUUUCAUUCAAGUACCUUUUCCAUCGAAGGAGAAUGGCCUGCCGGAAAACUGCGAAACCGCCGAUAAACUCCCAAAGGGACAAUGGAUCAACUUUUUUCAAGCUCUCGAUGAAUGGCAAACAUCAGUUGAGCAUGUCGUGGAACAGAUGGAGCCAUUUCCUUCUUGCAUGAUAUCAGACAGAUUCAUUCCUAAAAUUGCAGGAACCGCGAAGAGAUUAGGCAUCAGGAGACUAAUCUUCGAUGGAAUGGGUUGCUUAUCCUUAAUAUUGAUUCAUCAAACUGAAGUUUCUGGAAUUCUUGAAAGCGAUGUGGAAUUAGAACAACCUUUUGUCGUGCCAGGUUUACCAGAUAGAAUUGAGAUAACAAAAGAACAGUUACCAGCUUUUGUAUAUUCGAAUUCACCUGGAAUGAAGGAAUAUCAAGAGAAGUUAAAAGAAGCAGAUCGUCAUGCGUAUGGGAUUUUAAUCAACAGUUUUGAUGAGUUAGAACCGGAUUACAUCCACGAAUUACGAAAACUGCAUCAAAACAGAGCAUGGUGCGUUGGACCAUUGUCCAUGUCGAAUAACAAGUCGGAGAUGGCGAGGAGAGGAGACAAAGCAUCAAUAGACGAGAACCAAUGCCUGAAAUGGCUCGAUGGUCAUGAACCAGGGUCAGUAAUCUAUGUAUGUUUAGGGAGUCUGAGUAAAAUGACGCUACCCCAGAUGUUAGAACUUGGUCUGGCCUUGGAGGAAUCGAACCGUCCUUUCAUUUGGGUAAUUCGAGAAACAGAUGGGAAGGAAGAGAUUGAGAAAUGGUUUUCGGAUUAUGAGUACGAGGAAAGGAUAUGUGGCAGAGGAAUUCUAGUACGAGGUUGGGCUCCCCAGGUACUAAUUCUGUCUCAUGAAUCUGUUGGUGGAUUCUUGACGCAUUGCGGUUGGAAUUCGACUAUCGAAGGGAUAAGUUUUGGAGUUCCGAUGAUAACUUGGCCUCUUUUUGGUGAACAAUUUUUCAACGAGAAGUUGCUCGUGCAAAUUUUAGAAAUUGGAGUUGGAGUUGGAGCUAAGAUGUCUAUGGCUGAAUUCAAGCAAAAUGAGACGUUGGAUUAUGUUUGGGUGAAAAGGGAGGCGAUAUUAGAGGCUAUCGGGAAGGUGAUGGGCGGAGGCGACGGCGAGGAGAGGAGGAAACGAGCGAGAGAGUUGGGAGAGGCGGCGAAGAAAGCGACAAAAGAGGGUGGAUCGUCUUAUUGUAACAUCAAUGAUUUUCUUAUAGAUAUAACUAAGUCACGAUAAAAUCAUGAAAAAAAUAAAAGUAAACUAUUUUAAAAAAUUUAUAUGUUUAUUUGAAAACAAUAGAAAGUUUAAAUUAAUUUCAUUUUGGUAAUUGACAAUGAGAUGUAA